AUGUCGAAAACGGCGAAGCAAUCAUCAGCAGGUGGUCUCCUGGAGGAGAAGCGCCAGUGGCACACCAUUUACCCGCAGUACAUCAACAGCAAUCUGACCAUUCAACUGGGUCGCCGCUUGGCCAAGUCCAAGUGCGUUCCUGAUCCUCGGUGGCAGGAGAUUCGAGACGUUCUCGCCGUCAACUCGGCCAAGUUUGAUGUUGAAGCCUUUCCUGAUAAGGUCUACAAUCGUGAGGUGGACAAGGAGAACUUGGUCAACCGUGGAUACAUCAAAUAUCGCCUGAAAGAUAGUAGCUUCAAAAACAAAGCCGAGGUGCUCACUUUGGUGGCUCAGUUAAUACCCAAACUGAAAACCCGACAGAAUGUGAAAACUCCAGCCGAUUCAGCAAAGCCAUCCAGUUCAACUGCUGCGUCAAACCAACAAUCGAAUGCACCUAGCGGCGGUGGUGGGGGCGGCGGUGGUGGUGGUGGCAACAAGAAGAAGAAGGGUCGUAGAUAA